AUGACGAGGAAAAAAGAAAUGAGGUCACAUGUGAUGAUGCUGUCGUCGUUGGGGCACGGCCAUCUGAUCCCCUUUAUGCAACUCGCCCAGAAAAUGGCUGCCGAGGGUUUAACACUCAGUUUCGUGACAACCUUUCACCACAUCCCUUCAUUACGCAAGAAAGUGGAGGACGCCCGGGAGGCCGGGCUAGAAAUCCACCUACUCGAAAUGGAGAUUCCCCGGGACCACAUGAACAUCAACAGUGCGCAGUGGAACCAGAUGCCUCCAAUGCUCAGCGCUAACGAGAGACUUCAACCCCAUUUCGACCACUUUCUCGGGCGCUUUUUAGCAGGAGAAAUAAGCUUCCUGCCCAGUCCUGUCUGCCUCAUUGCAGAUUUUCUUCUGGGCUGGUCAUCCGCUGUAGCUCAAAAGUUCGGCAUACCCCGAGUAUGCUUCGAGACGUCGGGCAUGUACGCGGAGUCAGUGCAUCAGGUCAUAUGGGACACUCUUCCACGGAACCUCCCGCGAACGGAGUCGGGGCAAUACUUGGUGCCGGGCAUGCCGAGGGAAGUGAGGCUGAGCCGCCUUCAGAUUUUGCCCGAGCUGCCCGAGGCGACAACUGAGAACGGGACGUACCAGUUCUGGCUGAAGAACAGGGCUGGGAAUAAGCAGAGCUGGAGGACCAUCGUCAACACUUUUGACGAGCUCGAAGGGGAGUUUGUCCACCAUUUUGAGAGGGUUAACGGAACGCUCAGAACAAUCGGGCCUCUGCUCCAGCCUGAGGCGUUUCAGGACGGGGAAUGCAAAAGAAUCGCCCUCACGGUGGACAUGGGCGUGAGGGAGGACGGAGAUAAGUGCAUGCAAUGGCUGGACGCACAGGCGGAGUCUUCUGUGCUUUAUAUUUCAUUCGGGAGCCAGAAUUCGAUCUCGAUCGUGCAGAUGGAGGAGCUCGCUUUGGGGUUGGAGUCCAGCGGGGUGAAGUUUUUGUGGGUUCUGCGCACGCCCUCCGACGCCCUUCAGAAUUCCUUCGAAUCCGUGUUAGACUUUCUCCCAGCCGGAUUGCAGGGUCGCAUGGUGGGGAAUGACCAGGGAUUGUUUGUCCUUGGGUGGGCACCGCAAUUGGGCAUUCUCAAGCAUGCUGCCAUUGGUGGGUUUCUUUCUCACUGCGGUUGGAAUGCGGUUCUGGAAUCUACCACCAUGGGAAUUCCCCUCAUUGCCUGGCCUCUUCGCGCAGAGCAGCAUUUCAAUUCCAAGUUCGUGGUGGAUGAGAUCGGGAUAGCCCUGGAAGCGCCCCAGAGAAUUGAACAGAAUUGGCUGGUGACCAGAGAUGACGUGGAGAGAAUUGUACGGUUGCUGAUGAUCGAAGACAAGGGCAAAGAGCUGAGAAAAAGGGUCAAAGAAUUGGCGGCGGCUGCCAAGACUGCGGUGGCCGAAGGUGGAUCUUCUUCUCAAAAUUUCGAUCUGUUUGUUUCAGAAAUCAUGGCACUACCAGAGGCAACAGAUAUGAAAGGUAAAACAGUUAAGUCAAUCAUUCACCAGGUGGGGCAGCCCAUCGGUAUUUGUAAUGAGUGCGAUUCUUCAAAUUUGAUUUAA